AUGUUGAUCCCGUUCAACCGCUUUGCCGAUAGCGAUAUAUGGUUGGCCUUGGAAGCCUGCCAACUGAAGGAGAUGGUCUCCAAGCGCGAACACGGUCUGAUGACAGAAAUUGAAGAAGGAGGAAAAAAUAUCAGUAAUUGGAUGAAACGCGCAGCUUGUGACUUAGGUGUCGAUCACUAUUGGAAGGUGGAGCGAUACUUAUCCUUGAUGAAGCAACAGCAUCACUUGAUCAUGCGACGCAAACGCUUGUUGAUGCGGUGA